AUCAAUUGUAGCACAAUUGGGAGCGGCAACGAUCAUGGACCAUUGAUCAAUCGGACUGCCAUGCAAGAUCACCGUUGAUGAAAAGUAGGAAGCCUUCAUAAGCAACGAUGCUCGAAUUGCAGUAAAAGAAGCAAACUGUCUGUUCAGCUUCCGUAGGAGGAAGAUGUUGAACCGAGCGAACAGGUGGAGGGUGGCUUUGAGACCCGCCCUCAUCUUCUCCGCGUCUUCCACUGCUCCCUCUGCCUGCCAGAGAUCAUUCUGCCGACACGGCCGGCAGCCGCCUCCUGUUGCUGAUCUCCCAAGUAGAACGACUCCAGCCGGGAUUGGUGAUCCGGUGGAAAGGUUGGCCGCAGGAUUCCAGCACUUCAAGGAGGAGGUGUAUGAGAAGAACCAUGCUUUGUUCACCCAACUUGCAAGUAGUCAGCAACCCAAAUUCAUGGUGUUUGCUUGUGCAGACUCCCGAGUGUGCCCUUCUGUUGUGUUCAACUUCCAGCCUGGGGAAGCCUUCACUGUCCGUAACAUCGCCAACAUUGUCCCGCCGCAAGAUAAGACAAGAUACUCAGGCGUUGGGGCUGCUAUCGAAUUUGCUGUCCUACAACUCCAGGUGGAGAACAUUGUGGUGGUUGGGCAUAGCAGGUGUGGUGGAAUUGAUAAGCUUAUGUCCAUCAAAGAAGAUGGCACAACCAGCAGUGGCUUCGUAGAGGAAUGGUUGAAGAUUUGUUUGCAUGCAAAGGAAAAGGUACAGACCCAGCACGCUGCCUUGCCUCCUGAGGAUCAACUGACCCUUUGCGAAAAGGAGGCCGUGAAUGUGUCUCUCCAAAACUUGAAGACCUAUCCGUUCGUGAAAGAGCUACUGAACAAGAAGAAACUGAGAUUGAUUGGGGCAUACUACAACUUCGUUCUUGGCACCAUUGAAACUUGGGAGAUUUGAAUUACCUUUUGCUGUUAAUCUACUAGUCUCAAAAUAAAAAUGUAUUCAUUUUGUUGAUAAUUUGCAAAGACUGACACCAGACGGAGCAAUUCUUGACGAAAUCUACAUUGACAAAUUAAAAUAGCAA